GGACAACGGGCGUCGCCGGCGCCGUGUGACUCCCGGCUGUGGGCGCGCUCGCGGCCAUGGUUUUCUCAAACAACGAUGACGGCCUCAUCAACAAGAAGUUACCCAAGGAGCUCCUCCUAAGAAUAUUCUCCUUUCUGGAUAUCGUAACUCUAUGCCGAUGUGCACAGAUUUCCAAGGCCUGGAACAUCUUAGCCCUGGAUGGAAGCAACUGGCAAAGAAUAGAUCUUUUUAACUUUCAAACAGAUGUGGAGGGCCGAGUCGUGGAAAACAUCUCCAAGAGGUGCGGCGGCUUCCUGAGAAAGCUCAGCUUGCGUGGCUGCAUCGGCGUCGGGGACUCCUCCUUGAAGACCUUUGCACAGAACUGCCGAAACAUUGAACAUUUAAACCUCAAUGGCUGCACAAAAAUCACUGACAGCACGUGUUACAGCCUCAGCAGAUUCUGUCCCAAGCUGAAACACCUGGAUCUCACGUCCUGCGUGUCUAUUACCAACAGCUCCUUGAAAGGCAUCAGCGAGGGUUGCCGGAGCCUGGAAUACCUGAACCUCUCCUGGUGUGACCAGAUCACAAAGGAAGGCAUCGAGGCGCUGGUGCGGGGCUGCCGGGGCCUGAAAGCCCUGCUCCUGAGAGGUUGCACCCAGUUAGAGGACGAAGCUCUGAAGCACAUCCAGAACCACUGCCACGAGCUCGUGAGCCUCAACCUGCAGUCCUGCUCGCGAAUCACUGAUGACGGCGUGGUGCAGAUCUGCAGGGGCUGCCACCGGCUGCAGGCCCUGUGCCUCUCGGGUUGCGGCACCCUCACAGACGCGUCUCUCACAGCCCUGGGUCUCAACUGCCCCAGACUGCAAAUUUUGGAGGCUGCCCGAUGCUCCCAUCUGACUGAUGCAGGCUUUACACUCUUAGCUCGGAAUUGCCAUGACCUAGAGAAGAUGGAUCUUGAAGAGUGUGUCCUGAUCACCGACAACACUCUCAUCCAGCUCUCCAUCCACUGUCCCAAGCUGCAAGCCCUGAGCUUAUCCCACUGUGAGCUCAUCACGGAUGAAGGGAUCCUACACCUGAGCAGCAGCACAUGUGGGCACAACAGGCUGAGGGUUCUGGAGCUGGACAACUGCCUCCUUGUCACCGACACUGCGCUGGAGCACCUGGAGAACUGCCGGGGCUUGGAGCGCCUGGAGCUGUACGACUGCCAGCAGGUCACCCGUGCAGGCAUCAAGCGCAUGCGGGCUCAGCUUCCUCAUGUCAAAGUCCACGCCUACUUUGCUCCAGUCACCCCUCCACCAGCAGUGGCAGGUAGUGGACACCGACUGUGCAGGUGUUGUGUUAUACUUUGACAGCAGCUGCAUAGGCCAGGAGCCCCACCCUCCAGACUGCUCCACCAUCUCCCCAUCGAGCUUCUCCAUGGGGAGUGCAUUACAGCUAAAAGACUUCGGCACAGAUUGCAGCAGCUGGUGAUGUUCACCUUAACCUUGCUAGGAUGCAAGCAAACCAAGGCCUGUGUCAGUCACCAUGUGGCAAAACCACACAGCAACCCGGAGUCCAGCAGAGGUGGGUACCUGCCUUGGCACAUGAGCCCAACACGGCUUUGUCAGCAUCCUACAUAGACCUUCAGUGUUAGCACAGCCUGAACAGAACAAAAAAAGAGCCUCCUGCUGGUUUUCUACCUGAUCUUUAAGCCAGCGGCUUACUGUUAUCCAUGGCAAUUGUUGAUUUGCAGGACUUGUCUACUUCGAAGACUAAAUACCACCUUCAUCAAUGUGAUUGUACUGGAACUUGGAAUGGCUGGUAGUUUCAUGUGUAGAAACGUGUGAAAGGCAUGUUAACACAUUUCCAUAAAACACCAAAGAAAUGAGGACUCUAAGCUGGGUGGGGCAGGAUCUUCACCUUUCUGUUUGUGUCAACUUGUCAUACCCAAAUCUUGGGACCAAAAACUAAACAAAAGCAGCCCACUUCUCAUCAGUCCAUUGGAAUUAUAAGCAAGCUCUGCCAUAUGCUACAGCAUAGAGUGCAUUUUUGUUACAGGAAAAAAGCCAGUUGUGUUCACACUUUGUAAGAAAUUUGGGGGAACCUUGAAGAAAUCCAGGAUUAAGGCUUGAGUUAUUUAUAACUUAAUCAAGUAAAAUGAUGAACGGAUGCAUGUAGAAUGGAUGCGGUUUUUUUAAACUUACUCUUUCUAGAAAUCACGCCAGAACUAUUUUGAAGCUUCACACAUGAAAAACUCCACUGAGUGAAGUGUUGGCCCUUCUGAGCUCCUUUAAAGUGAACAGAGCGUCACGGUGCUUGCUGGAAUUGACUGCUUUACUUAGAGGUGGCAGAUCUCAGCAGGGCCACUUUCCAAAUGCAGGCGCCCAUGUCACCGGAACUGGGGCGCCAUGACCUGCCUGCUCUUGUGGUUGCUGCUCACUCAGUGGCAUCAACCUUUACCAUCACCUUCCAUAUUAGUGCAUUAAUGGUAGCCCAACCUUCCUGGCCAUCACUCCCUCCCCCACACUAUAAGAGACAAGCGUUUUCUAUUUCUCCACGGACAGUGUACAGAUACCCUGCCUCAGCUGCACUCCAGGAGGGAGACCAGUUACACCAGGAGAGUCCCUGCAAGCAUUAGCUUACUGGGAUACUGCCUCCUGGGCGCUGCAAUAUCCUCUGGUUCGAAAUUAUGUAAGUGACUACCGCUGUGUGUGUGGUGGGGGUAAUGAGGUGACGGGAGAAGCUACUAAGCAAGUCCCCUAGCCUUGCUCCGCUGAUUCACAGAACUUGUUUUUCUGAGCCAGAGUGCAGCCUGUCGUAGAUGCUGUACUUGACAUUCAGUGACCAUGACUCCACUCGCAGCCCAGAAGAGCCUCUUGUAGAGGGCUCAUUUGUCUCCUCUGUGUGCCAGUUCCUGUCGUUACUUGUCUUGAGUUGCAUCACGUUGUGGAAACCUGUAUGAGAGAGAGAGCGUGAGCGAGACAGCCCACAGUGGUGAACCUUACACUCUAGGCCACUCGGGGAAGCCUCUGA